CACACUGCACUACAGUACAACGUCGCUUUGCUCUGGCUUCUCGCUUCUCAAGCCUCUAUGGUAGGAUUUAACCGGCCAGGCACAAGCACGCGUUUUAGUGCGGACAGAGCGUCCAUAGCGAUAACAACAACAGCGGGAAGAAAUUUGAAACAAGACCUCGAUUGCACCAGAGUGUGAAUAGUCGGUAAAAACGAUCUUUCGCGAUCUUCAACCGUUGGCGAAUGGUGAUUCUCACACCCACGUGCUUCGAAUGAUCACUACUCGGACACUACUGCUUAUGAUUGGAUGCUGGGAAACAGCCCCUUGCUGUAGCGGAUGCCGUUAUGAUUAAUCUGAAUCGCUUCUCAAUUAGACCAGAUUGCGAACUUUUCAAUUUGAAAGGUGCUAAAUAGUGCUCCCCAUCAUCUCGAUAAGCUAACUCGAAGGCAAGGUGAUUUUUUUUAUUUGUGAUUCGGUUAGUGAAUAAAACGAAGGUGGAUCUGAAGAAAGUCAACUGAAAGCAAGAAAUUGAGUUCAUAGAGAAAAGUUUUCUCCGCUGUCUGGCUGGAAUGCAAACGGGUGAUGGAUCAAGAGAAAGCAACUGUUUUGGGUGAAGCAGCGUAAGAGUUGGGACCAAACGAAACAGCCAACGGUCGAAGGAGGAAAACCCGAACCAAACAGUGCCUGACCUUGAUAGUCGUGGAAUGGGUUGUAGAUAGACGAAAAUUUCGACGUCGCGAUUCCGGCCAUUGGUUGUUUCAAAUUUCAGUGUUGCUUUGCGUGUGCGCCCGUCCCAUCGAGUGACCGGCCGUUUGUCGGUGGAUGUGAAAUAUGAUGAGUAAUUGAAGCGUCCAAAAGCUAAACAUAUUGUGGUGAAAGAAAAAAACGUGACCAAAGUGCUGUUAAUUAAAAAAUAUCAAGUAGUUUCAUACAAAGAAAACGCUUGUCGUUGGAUUCGGAUUCGUUUGAAGCAGCAACAGUAAUCACUUGACGGUGACUAACGGGAGCAAAACCGGGAAAUCUCGGUUGCAGCCGUCAUCAUCGCCGGAGCUAACCAUACGUAGCCGAGUGCAGCGGCUUUUUUCCGCGCUUUUCUUCAGCCCCAAGAUCUCCGGAGAUUUUAGCCAAUGGAUAAGCAGAGUGUUGCGCUUACGACGGCGCUUCUGCUUCUUGUUAUAGAAAUCAACACUGCCAUCGGAGUUAAAUGCUUUCGCUGUACGGUGGCACCCCCGAACCGGUACGCCAAUAAUACGAAAACGCAGCUAUGCUCCCGUUUCGAUCACUCCGACUACUACACCGUCGAUUGUCCUUGGUCAACGAUGUGCGUGAAGCGAGUCUUCAAGCUCCAACUGCUGAGGGCCGAACAGGAAACCAUCAGCCGUGACUGCGCCCAGCAGAAAAAUACGGAACAGAUCUAUAAAAACGGCAACUGGACCAAGGAGCAUCAUAUAGAAGAACCAUACAAGGAGGGUUGCCAAACAAUUGACGAUUCGACCUAUUGCUUCUGUCGGGGGGCAUUGUGCAAUUCCGCUACCAAGAUGGAGAAGAACAGCUACCAUGCGGACGUGAUGGCCGUCAUAUUUCUGUUUAAUGUGAUGAAGUACAUACGAAACAUAGACUACUGACAGUAGGUGCUUGCUAAAAAGUUUGAGAGAGAGAAAGUUGUUUUUAUUUCAACUACUUCACUAUAAUCGUCUUUUCAAACGUCGUGUAGACAGCGAUGAUGUUUCAUAAAUUUCUAGUGAUAAGUUUCCAGAUAUUGUCAACAAAACGCUUAUUCCUUUAAAAUAUUUCGGAACACAAAAAAUGAUGUACACCGUAGGUUUCGAUAUCAAAUGACUGAUUACGAUCAAACCUGCCACGCAAGAUGGUUCUCUAGUGAAUACUCUAGAAAUGUUAUUUUCCUGACAAGUUGUUGUGAUAUUUAAAAUUAGUGCAGUCAAAGAAA